GAGACCACUUAGUCAACCAACCGCGCGCCCGCCUGCCUCAUGUGUGUUCUUUAACCUAACCUUAAACUGCAGUUUAAGUUCACGGUGUAACCCAUUUACGUAACCUCAAAAGGACUCUCACGUCACAUCCUUAUGGCCUUCAAGUGAAAGUUCUCCCAAGUUUUUCCCGUAAUUAGAAAGCGGCUAUCGUGAUGCCGAUGCAGAUGUGAAACAGAUCAAUAUUGACUUUCUACGAGUCUCACAAGAUGUCACACUCACGAGAGGUCACUGAUGCUUGACCAACUUUCCAGUUUACAAAUCAGAAUUUCGAGUCUAAAGAAGAUGAAAAUGCUAUGCGCAAACUGGUUGGGUAUUUCUACGCGCUAUGACAACGUGUGAGACACUACGGAACCCAUCAACAAUCAGUAGUACAUCAACAAUGGAGCAGUUAGAAGCUGAAACGGCUGGCACAAAACGCCUCAAAUGCAUAGGAAGAAAAUUCGAGAAGAAAUCGAGAAUAAAACGCGACCUCUUAGAGAUAUUCAAAGUUCUUCUAGUUAUACUCCUGAGUCUUAAUUUAGUUACAAUAGUCAAAAGCGGUGAGACUGAUACGGAUAGUGUAGAUAGUAGUAAUAUUAACAAGUUAGUAGAAAAAAGUAGAUCUUACUUCAGUGAUGUGUAUCGCAAUGGGACGUUUGUGACCGGCAACUCGUUAUGGGACAACAUUCUGAAUCAGUGCUCAGUGAAACCGACAGUGAGUUGUCUUCAAAAGAACGUUUUCUCAUAUUUGGACGAAAGUUUAAAUUACAAUGGUGACCUUAAAGUGGCGAACGGUGUGUGUUUCAAAAAGAACAAAGUUGACGUUGGGAAGUAUACUAAAGAAGCCAAUGUUAUCUACCUCACUGGUUCUACGGAUGACGAGAAGGAAGAAUUCAACGGGAGAGAUCUGGACGAAGAAAACACUAUUGACGAUUACGAAGAAGAGUCUGAAACGCCCCUGGAAGAGGUGACCGAUGUACUGUACGACAAAGGAGUGAACUUCAUGCUGACACACGACAUGAAGCUGACAUUACCUGAGACGUUCUUCCACGGGUCCACACUGAAGAUAUCGCCGCGGGCACUGACAAAGACCGGAGCUUUAGUGCACAUAGAGCUAGAGCCGAAAGUACAGGAGAACGGCGAAGGAAGGAUUUUCUUCAAGAAGAUAAAAAAAUACAUCCGAAAGAAGCUAGUGAUGGCAGCGAUAGCAAUCAUAUUAGUCGUGAAGCUCAUAGCUUUGAAGCUAAUAUUCGUUUUGCCCGUCAUAUUCGGUGUGACAACUGCUAAGAAGAUUUUCUUGAAGUUGCUUCUGUUCCUGUUUCCUGCUCUCAGUCACAUCUUCAAGCUCUGCUCGUGGUAUCAUCAGAACUAUCAUACGACGAAGUUCCAUCAUCACCAUCAUCUUAUUACGCAUCAUCAUCACAAGCCACCCCACCACGGGCACCCAGCGCCGGUCUACGGCCCUCCGUCCCACCACAACUCCGUGCAAGUCCACCAGCCGGCCCACCACUCCGGACCCACCUUCGAGCACUACAACCAGGACUGGGAGUUGUCCGGACCUGGACUUGGCAGCGAAUAUAUCGGCUCCGAUAUAAACCGCAAUGCUAUCGCCAACUUCAAACCUAACGUUAACGACGUCAACGAUAUCAACGCGUGGGGCCUGGGACUGCCACCAGGUACAUCAAUGAAUGUCGGUGAAAUAGCGAGCUCUUCGAGCAACCAGGCGAGCGUUGUUCAACCCAACGGUGGUGGUAGACCAAUUUAUAAUAAUGGAAGGCCUUCGGGUCCUCAAGCAAAGAAUCCGUACAGUAGAAAUAAACCAGUGCAGCCGAACGACCCAGAAAAGGAAGCAUUGAUCCGAGCAGCAGCGCUAGCAGCGCGCGCGCCGCCGUCACCCGUCCGCGACGAGGUGCUGCGGGUCUCCGCCGCCAAGCUGCACGAGACCAACCGCAUCCAGACGGAGGCGGAACUGAUUAGGACGCAGAAGGAGAUACUGGCCAAGCAGGACCCGGACACAAUAGCGGCAGACAAGUUCUACAGCCCCCUCUUGGACCGUGUCGACGGGAUCCUGGCCCCGCUGGGCGCCGCGGACGUGGGCUGCCGGGAGCGCGCCGUGUGCUCGCUGUACAGGGAGCCCUUCUCGCACGCGCCCUACAGCAACCUGCUGUCUAACGAGCUUAGCAAAGACUCCAACGAGCUGGUGCCUCCGGCUGAGAGUAAAAUAGCCAUCCUCUACUACCGCUACGUGCAAGCCGCGAGAGAUGGACAAGAUCAAAACGACUGCCUCGCAUUGUACCCGCACUGCAACAUGGACUUUGGGAAGAAGAAAAAGAAGUAAAAUGUAGGAGGGUUUUUUAGAAGUCACAAAUUUUAAUAUUAUAUUUGUUUUGCUAUGUUUAUUCCGUCGACUGUAAGGUUUUCCUCAAAAACAUUAUUUAUUAUUAUUAUGAUAUAAACAUUGAUUGGAUGCGGAAAGCUAAAGAUCGCAUCCAGUGGCGUGCUUUGGGAGACGCCUACGUCCAGCAGUGGACUGUUAUAGGCUAAUGAU